GUUUGUCAAAGACAACCGCGUGAGCCCGCCUAGCUCCCAGACCCAGGAAAUACGCAAUGCAGCAGCAACUGCUUUUCAAAUACCUUGCUAUUUUUAGCGAACCACAAAACCCGCCAAGCACAGUUAACUAUUGAAUCCCCCCCUCACUUGGUUAGAAACCCAGAAUGUGACAAAACCCUCCAUCAAUGUUCUUUUAAUGCUAACCCCACCAUCUUGUUUUCUCGGGAAAACCGCUUUUUUCCGGGGGAUUUUUUAGAGUUAACUUCCCAGUCGACCCUUUUAAGACAGCUUUAGGAAGCUAGUUAGUUUUUACUUUUGGCUUUGUGGGGGAAGUAAUGGAGAGGCAGAUGAAUGUUUCGGUUUCAUCUAAAGGUGGAGAUGAAAGCGACGUGGUUAAGGAAUCGAUGGAAUUGAUUGAGACCGUGGGAUCGUACGCGGGGUACAGAAAAACGCAGAGGAAGGAAUGCUUGAGUUUGGUUAGGAGAUUGAAACUGUUGGUGCCUCUUUUGGAGGAGUUCAGGGAGCUCGGCAUUUCCGUUUCCGGUGAGGUGUUGAAUUGUUUGGCUGAUUUGAGGAAAGCACUUCUUGCAGCAAAGAAGUUGCUGAAGCAUUGCAACUAUGGAAGCAAGAUUUAUUUGGCAUUGGAAGGGGAGGCGGUAAUGAGCAGAUUCCAUGCUGUUUACGACAAGUUAAAUCAAGCCCUAGAUGGUUUGCCUUACGAUGAGGUCGGGAUCUCGGUUGAAGUGAAAGAGCAAGUUGAGCUAAUGCGGAUGCAACUUAAAAGAGCAAAAAGAAGAACGGAUACACAAGAUAUAGAACUGGCAAUGGAUAUGAUGGUCGUGUUCUCUAAAAACGAUGACAGGAAUGCAGACAGUGCCAUACUGGAAAGACUGGCAAUCAAGUUGGAACUACAUACUGUUACAGACUUGAAUGAGGAGACACUGGCUGUUAGAAAACUUGUUAAAGGAAGAGGUGGGCACAAUGCUGAGAACAUCCAGCAAAUCAUAGAUCUUUUGAGAAAAUUUAAACAAAUUACAGGAAUUGAAGAGAAAAUUGCAUUUGAUGGUCCUGUUUCCUCUAAAAGUUUGCAGAGGUGUGAGUCCUUAUCAAUCCCUCAUGAAUUCCUCUGUCCAAUUACACUAGAGAUCAUGACGGAUCCAGUUAUUGUGGCAACUGGACAGACAUUUGAAAGAGAAAGCAUCCGUAAAUGGCUGGAUUCUAAUAAUCGGACCUGCCCAAAGACUGGACAAACUUUGAAUCAUUUGUCACUAGCACCAAAUUUCGCCCUCAAGAACCUUAUCCAGCAAUGGUGUGAGAAGAACAAUUUUGAACUGCCCAAGAAAGAUCCUUAUUUUUGCCCUCAUGGGUCUUCUACUGUACUCAUGAAGGAAAUCUCCUUCCUGGUCCAAAAUCUAUCCUCUUGUCAGCUGGAUGUGCAAAGAGAGGCUAUUGGGAAGAUUCGUAUGCUCUCCAAAGAUAACCCCGACAACAGAAUUUUAAUCGCAGACAGUGGUGGAAUUCCUCCAUUGGUUCGGCUCCUAUGCCAUCCGGAUUCCAAGAUUCAAGAACACACUGUGACAGCUCUUUUGAACCUGUCAAUUGAUGAAACAAACAAAAGACUCAUAGCAAGAGAAGGAGCUAUUCCUGCUAUAAUUGAAAUCCUGCAGAAUGGAACUGAUAAGGCUAGGGAGAAUUCUGCUGCAGCCUUAUUUAGCUUGUCCAUCAUUGAGGAGAACAGAGAACUGGUGGGCACAUUGAAGGGAAUCCCUCCCUUGGUAGAUCUUUUGCAGCAUGGGACAAUCAGAGGUAAAAAGGAUGCUGCUACUGCACUAUUUAACUUGUCUUUAAACCAAGCUAACAAGUCCAGGGCCAUUAAGGCAGGUAUUAUACCCCCACUACUACAUUUGCUUGAGGAUGAUAAGAACUUGGGUAUGAUUGAUGAGGCCCUCUCGAUCUUGUUACUCCUUACGUCGCAUCCGGAGGGCCGGAAUGAGAUUGGAAAGCUGUCUUUUAUUGAAAUUCUUGUUGAAAUUAUUAGAAGCGGUACCCCGAAAAACAAGGAAUGUGCUACAUCAGUUCUGCUUGUGCUGGGUUUAAAUAACUCUUCUUUGGUCUUGGCUGCACUCCAAUAUGGUGUGUAUGAGCAUUUGGUAGAGAUUGCAACAAGCGGAACAAAUAGAGCGCAAAGAAAAGCAAAUUCACUUUUGAAUCACAUGAGCAAGUGCGAACACAUCCCCUGAUAUUUCAUCAAUAAGAAUUCUUCUUCUUCUUCUUCUUCUUCUUCUUUGUGGGUGGCACCAAGUUAUGCUUAUGGGGGGAGCAUACAUUAAAUUUCAAGUUGUGUGCUUUCUUUUUAUGUAAUUAUGAUUUGGCUUCAAAUAUACUGAGAAAAGUAUAACUUUCUCUGUACAUUAUUUAGAUCUGAUUAUGUUGUAAGUGCUGUCAAUUGUUAACAAGUAAAACAAAUCCUAGUUUGAGA